GCGCCCCCUUACGCGCCCAGCAGGGACUUCCGGAACGGACGGGGAGUGACGUCAGGAGGAGGGCAGCAACUCCAGAAAGUCAGUCCUCUUGCCGUCAUCGACUCUUUACAGACAGACAAACGCCGCUCCUUGGAUGCCUCCUACACCUGCGGGGAGGAUCGUCUGAGCCGCCACCACCACGCACAGCCCACCACAUCUUCACAGAGAAGCCGCGACUGUCUGCCAGGCUGUCCAGGAGGCUGGCACUGGGCAGUGAGUCGACAAAGCAGUGUCUCAUCGUCUUUUCAGAUUGGCUGAGUGGCGGGUGAGGACCUGUAGGCAGCUUCCAAGAUGGGUGAAAGGAAAGGCGUAAACAAGUACUACCCUCCGGAUUUCAACCCUACAAAGCAUGGAUCACUCAACAGAUACCAUAACAGCCACCCCCUUCGGGAGCGGGCUCGGAAGCUGUCCCAGGGCAUCCUCAUCAUCAGAUUUGAGAUGCCCUAUAACAUCUGGUGUGACGGCUGCAAGAACCACAUCGGCAUGGGUGUUCGUUACAAUGCAGAAAAGAAGAAGGUUGGCAAUUACUACACGACCCCGAUCUACAGGUUCCGCAUGAAAUGCCACCUCUGCGUCAACUACAUCGAGAUGCAGACAGACCCCGCCAACUGCGACUACGUGAUCGUGAGCGGUGCCCAGCGCAAGGAGGAGCGCUGGGACAUGGCAGACAACGAGCAGGUGCUGACGACAGAGCACGAGAAGAAGCAGAAGCUGGAGACAGAUGCCAUGUUCCGACUGGAGCACGGUGAGGCUGACCGGAGCACGCUCAAGAAGGCCCUCCCCACCCUGAGCCACAUCCAGGAGGCCCAGAGCGCCUGGAAGGACGACUUCGCCCUCAACAGCAUGCUGCGGAAAAGGUUCCGGGAAAAGAAAAAAGCCAUGCAGGAGGAGGAAGAGAGGGACCAGGCCCUGCAGGCCAAGGCAAGCCUGGACAUCCCGCUGGUGCCGGAGACGGAGGAUGACCGCAGGCUGGCCGCCCUGCUCAAGUUCCACACCCUAGACUCAUAUGAGGACAAGCAGAAACUCAAGCGGACGGAGAUCAUCAGCCGCUCCUGGUUCCCCUCCACCCCGGGACCCGGCGCCAGCAGCAGCAAAGCCAGCAGUGUGCUGAAGAAGCUGUCCCAGAACCGCAGAUCUGCUCCCACUGGCUCCCCCAUCACCGUGGGGCACCUGGGCAUCGUGCGGCGGCGGUCCCGGGAGGUCCCAGAGAGCCCUCAGCACACGGCUGAGACCCCCAAGUCUGGGGAGCCACGGGUGCCAGAGGGGACCGCCCAGGACAGGCCCACAUCCCCCCGAGACUGUUCUCAGGAGACAGCCAAGACCUGCAAGAACAGUAGGCCACCGGGGCAGGAGGAGAGCUGUCAGGACAGGCCCCAGCCCCUGCCAGGCUCCUCCCAGGAGGCAGCCAAUCCCCAGGACACACCACAGCCCUUCAGCCUCAGCUCCUCCCUCGUGGCUGACUACUCCGGUUCGGAGAGUGAGUGAUUCUGGGGGCCAGAUUCACUCAGGAGGCCAAGACACACCAAGGAGGCGCCCCACAGGCUGCACCCCUUAGCUCACCAGCCCUUGGAGAGCUCAGUUACCACCCUCCCCAGACCUCACCUCCUCGCAGUGAUAGAGUUGUUAUUUAUUUGGUCCUGGAGAGGGUGUCUGUGCCUUGUGGGACCCCCGACCUCCCAGCAUUAAAACCCUGCUUCUUUGC